AUGCCCGUGCGGAGCGGGGCCCAGCUUUCCCGCAAACUGGGGCAGAAAAAGCAGCGGCUUUCGGAGGCAGAGCGGCAUCAGAGCCCACCAGGCGGGACCCCGACACCCUCCCCCCAGGAGCCCCGCCUGGCUCUGGGUCCCCAGCGCAGUAUCUAUUUCUCAAGCCCAAGAGGCGCCCCUGCUCGCCUGGGACUAGACUUCUUCGACCAGCCCGCAGUCGCCCUGGCGCGGGCGUUUCUGGGACAGGUCUUGGUCCGGCGACUCGACGAUGGCACAGAGCUCCGUGGCCGCAUUGUUGAGACUGAGGCAUAUUUGGGGCCAGAGGAUGAAGCUGCUCAUUCGAGGGGUGGCCGGCAGACCCCCCGCAACCGUGGCAUGUUCAUGAAGCCGGGGACCCUGUAUGUGUACUUCAUCUAUGGCAUGUACUUCUGCAUGAAUGUCUCCAGCCAAGGGGAUGGAGCAUGUGUCUUGCUGCGAGCACUGGAGCCCCUGGGGGGCCUGGAGACCAUGCGGCAGCUUCGCACUUCCUCCCGGAAAGGCAGUACCGGCCGAGCCCUCAAAGACCGUGAGCUCUGCAGUGGCCCCUCCAAGCUCUGUCAGGCCCUGGCCAUCGACAAGAGCUUCGACCAACGAGACCUGACCACGGACGAGGCUGUGUGGCUAGAGCCCAGCCCCCCGGGGCCGCGGGAGCCAGCUGUGGUGGCAGCAGCCCGAGUGGGCAUCGGCAACGCGGGAGAGUGGACCCACAAGCCCCUGCGCUUCUAUAUCCAGGGCAGCCCCUGGGUCAGCGUGGUGGACAGAGGAGCUGAGCGGAACACACAGGUCUAA